CAGCCUCGGCCACCAUGUCCCAGACCCCUCUGGACUCACCAUCGCCGCGCGCCAGCUGCCUGGACCUUUGGAGGGAAAAGAAUGACUUGCUAGUUCGGCAGGCCAAGGUGACUCAGGACUCCGGUCUGUUAUUGAGGCAACAGCAUUUGGCUCAGGAUGCACUGCAAGGGUUCAGGGAACUCCUUCAUAGUCUGAGGGGGCUUCCUGCAGCUAUUUCUGCUCUUCCCUUGGAGCUGACUGUCAUCUGCAACUUUAUUACACUGAAAGUGAGCCAUACCCAGGGCUUCACUGAGGACCAGGCCCAGGAUAUCCAACAGGGCCUAGAGAGAGUGUUAGAGGCCCAGGAGCAGCUAGGACCCCGGCUGGAAUGUGGGCUCAGGGAGCUGUGGGACUCUGUCCUCCAUAUUUCCUCCCUUCUGCCGGAGCUACUUCCUGCCUUGCACCACCUGGCUGGCCUGCAGGCUGCCCUCUGGCUGAGUACUGACCGUCUUGGGGAUCUGGCCUUGCUUCUGCAGUCGCUGAAUGGCAGCCAGAGUGGGGCCUCUGAGGAUCUGCUGCUGCUGCUAAAAACUUGGAGCCCCCCAGUUGAGGAGUCAGAUGCUCCACUGACCCUGCAGGAUGCCCGGGGCUUAAGGGAUGUCCUUUUGACAGCAUCUGCCCUCUGUCAAGGCCUCCAGGAGCUAAUCACAGGGACCCUACCCAGGGCACUGAGUAGCCUGCAGGAAGCAGCCUCAGGUCUGUGUUCACGGCCCGUGUUGGUCCAGGUGUACACGGCGCUGGGGACCUGUCUCCGUAAGAUGGGCAAUCCACAGAGAGCAUUGCUGUACUUGGUUGCAGCCCUGAAAGGGGGAUCUGUUUGGGGUCCCCCGCUUCUGGAGGCCUCCAGGCUAUAUCGGCAACUGGGGGACACAGCAGCAGAGCUGGAGAGUCUGGAGCUGCUGGUUGAUGCCCUGAGUGUCACCCAGAACUCUGAAACCCCCCAACUUCUCAUUGAGGUAGAGUUGCUACUCCCACAACCUAAUCCAGACUCUCCCCUUUACUGUGGCACACAGAGCCAGGCCAAGCACCUACUAGCAAGCCGAUGCCUACAGACGGGCAGGGCAGAGGAUGCUGCAGAGCAUUACUUGGACCUGCUGGCCCUGUUGCUGGAUGGCCUGGAGCCAAGGUUUUCCCCACUCCCCUGCCCUCCUGGGCCCUGUAUGCCUGAGGUGUUCUUGGAGGCAGCAGCAGCGCUGAUCCAGGCAAACCGAGCCCAGGAUGCUUUGACUGUUUGUGAGGAGCUGCUCAUCCGAACAUCAUCCCUACUUCCCAAGAUGCCCUGGUCAUGGGAAGAUGCCAGAAAUGGAGCCAAGGAGCCAAUAAACUGCCCACUCUGGGUCUCUGCCACCUACCUGCUUCAGGGUCAGGCCUGGGUGAAAAUGGGGGACCAAAAAGAGGCAGUUAGUGAAUUUAGCCGGUGCCUUGAGCUGCUCUUCCGGGCCACACCUGAGGACAGAGAACAAGGGGCUGCUUCCAACAGUGACCAGAGGUGCAGACCAGAUGUGGCACUGCAACAGCUUCGAUUAGCUGCUCUGAUUAGUCGUGGACUGGUAUGGGUGGCCAGUGGCCAGGAUACCAAAGCUCUGCAGGACUUCCUCCUCAGCGUGCAAAUAUGCCCAGGUAAUCGAGAUGCUUCCUUUCACCUGCUUCAGACUCUGAGGAGACUGGAUCGGAGGAAUGAGGCCACUGCUUUCUGGUGGAGGUUAGAGGCCCAAACUGAGCUGCCACCAGAGGAUGCCACAUGGUCUCUCCCCCUAUACCUAGAAACCUGCUUGAGCUGGAUCCACCCUCUGGACCAGGAAACCCUCCUGGAAGAGUUUCGGACAUCUCUGCUGGAGACUUCUGAUCUGUAGCUGCCAUGUUUCCUAGACCAGCUUGAGCUGGCCCCCCAACGCCUCUCUGUGGGGAGGACUUUUCUUUACCAUCUUUGGAAAAUGUGGCUGGAGCUUCCCACUCUUACAUAAUUCCAGUUGGAGAGGUUGGUAGGUGUCCUGCCAAAUUUGGCCUAGUAACUGCCAUCCUGGUUCCAAAGGAAGCAUCCCCCUGCGACCUCCAACAAGACAUUGAAUUUGUUUAUGGCAUGUUUUUUUAUGUAUUAAGUAAAAUCUCAUAUUUA